AUGUCUGAUUCUGGUUGGAAUACGAUCCACUCUGAUGCAGGUGUGUUUACUGAACUCGUGGAAAAGUUAGACAUCUCAGAUAUCCAGUUCGAUGACUUAUACUCCAUAGAUAAGGAAUCACUUCUAGAGUCGUCGCCCAUCUAUGGAGUAGUAUUCUUAUUCAAAUAUAGUAAAAUCGAUAGAGAAUAUUCUGGCAAUGGCAAUAGGCCGUUGACUGGUGAGUAUGACGUGGACUACCAGGAGCAUGGGAUCUUUUUCGCUAACCAAACGAUCCAGAACGCAUGUGCUACACAAGCGGUUUUGAAUGUACUUUUAAACAAAUCAGAUCAGGUUGAUUUAGGCGAGGAGCUCGGGAACUUUAAAAGCUUUGUCACUGGGUUUGAUAGUGAACUUUGUGGAGAAACCAUUUCCAAUAGUGAUUUGAUUCGUAAAGUGCAUAAUUCUUUCUCUGCACCACUGUCAAUCAUAGAUGAAGAUAAGCAAAAACCUCCCCGUGGCUACGACGAUAAAAACGACGGGUUGUUCCAUUUCAUCGGAUACUUACAAACUAACGGGUUCAUCUACGAGUUGGAUGGCUUGAAGCGGUAUCCUAUCAAGCAUGUACCCUGUAGCUCAGAUCAAGAAUUUUGUGAAAAGUUACCGGGGGUGAUUAGAGAGAGAAUUGCCAAGUACGGUGAAGAGGAGCUUAGAUUUUCCCUUUUAUCUAUAACAAAUAACAAAUUGAAACAGUAUGAGGAGUCUGGUGAAUAUGACAGGUUCAACAGCGAACUUAUGAAGAGAGAAACUUGGAAAAGGGAAAAUGAGUUAAGAAAGUUUGAUUACACAACCUUAAUGAUUCAGUUGUUGAAGAACGUGGGGAAGGAGCUCAAUGACGAAGAAUGGGCCAAGCUCAUUGAAAAUGGGAAGAAAACGGGACAAGAAAAGCUAUUAGCAUCGUACUUCAAGAAAAAGCAAUAA